AAUGAAACCAGUCUAUCGCAAAAUGGACGAGUAGCGGAAAGGUUCAUGGUCACUAGUGCAAUUGUUAUUAAAUUUACUAUGCUUUUCCAUCAUUAAAAUUGAAGCAGUUAAGUAAUGACAAGACUGUUAGUUGUACUCAACAUGCGCUCGUAAUAACGUUUAUUUGUAAACGUUGAAAUAUCUGUUACUUGAGCAGAUUGCAACUUGGAACCCAGACCAACUCUUGGACGCCAGAAGUGGCAGAACAAUGUCGAAGCGUGGCCUCGGGUAUAACAAAUUCACGGGCCAGAGAACGGCAGGCUUAGGGUAUCAACCACAGGAAGAUGCUGGGAGUCGAAUUAAUCGGCCUGUGAAUAAAAAUGUGUCACAGUCAUACAGUGGUGGUACAGGAUAUUCAGUUACGACGUAUCGAGACAAGAUGAUGCAGAUGAAUGAUCAGGAGCGCAUAAUCGAGGAGAAAAAACGCGCAAUUGAAGCAAAACUUAUGGCCGAACAAAUGCAAAAGUCAAAAGAGGCAGCUGCUGCUACCAGUGUUAAACAGCCUCCGAUAAGUGCAAGUAAAAGCCUUGCAGUACGUAAUGCAGAGAAGGCUAAGAAACCUGCUACAGAAACUCCAAAACCAAAUCUCCUUGUGAAUGAUGGAAACUUCCUGGAAAGGUUCAAACAGAUGCAGCAAGGGGCUACAAACAAAAUGUCAACUCCAACUUCUGACAAAAAUAAGAAGGAAGAACCAUCGUCAAAUUCUGGAAAGAAAACACCAGAUGUUAAAGCAGCUAAAGAUGAUUCCAGCAAGAAAUGGUUUCAGGGCACCAGUUCUCCUAACACAUGGAAUUCAGGAGAUAUGUCCAGAAACAGACCUCAGGAUCGCAGUAGGUCAGAAAGAGAUGACCGGGACAAGUGGAAAGAGGAUCGAAGUAGGGAGAGGGAUCGCUAUUAUCACGAGUCGCGAUCAACCGGUAAAGAAACACGAGAGCUUGUACGAGAACCAGAAAAUCCCAUGCAGAAACAGUUCCGGGAACGCUGGGAAAGCCAGACAGGGAGAUCUGAAAGACAAGACCUGUAUAGGGAGGAGCGUAUGAGAGGUGAAGAAAGGCGUAGAGAACGAGAAUAUGAACGGGAAAAAGACGAGCGUAGGAAAAGAGAUAGAAGUAGAUCACUGUCACCUGUCAGACGUAUUACACAGGAAUCAGCCCUGGGUCUAUCUCUCCAAGAUAGUCUAGUCCUCCAGCAGUCUGUCACAGAACCAGUCAGUAUUCUAUCACAGCCAACAAUGGACCAAAUGCAGCUGGCUGCAACACAGCUAGCUGGUCAACAGCAGAUCCAAACAUCACAGGCACAGUUGAUUGCUCUUCCAGGGAGUCAAACACAGGUUCAGCAGAUGAUUGUACAGCAACCAGGGGAGCUCAUACAGCUCCAGCAGUUACCACCUGGUCAGGUUCAGGCACAACCACCAUUGCAGCAGGUAGCUCAAGCCCCAGGGCCAGCACAGCCGCAGUUGCAGCAAGUUCAAGUCAUCCAGCAACCUCUACAGUUGCAGCAGACACAAGUCCCGCAACAGAUUAUAGCCAGCCCUAUGCAGGUUCAGCAACAACAGCAGCAGCCCUUACAAAUGCCCCCAUCACAACCAGCAGGACCCUUUACAUCCCCGCCUCCUACUGUACAACAGCAAAUUAUUGUAGCCCCGCCCCCACAAGGUAUGCCCCAACUACCACCCCAAAUUCAAGCACAGGUUCAGUUACAGCCACCUCUUGCACAGUCACCCCAGCCUCCUUUAGGAGUGCCAGGUGCUCCAACCCCUCCUCCUGUAUCACAUGUACAAUUAAUCACACAGGCCCCUCCUCAGAUGUCAUUACCCCCACCUCCAUUGUCAUUAGCCCCACCCACAAUGUCAGUAGCUGCUCCUAUCUCUAUGGGAGUUCAACCAUUAAUAUCACAGGCACCACCAAUGUCAAUGGGAGGACCUCCACAGAUAGGAAUUUCAUCAUCAUCAGGCAUUUUUAUUGCACAGUCGAGGCAAAAUGUAAGCAUGGCCCCUAAUAGUGUAGUGCAUGUACAGCCUCCUCCAACUUCAGUGACAUUUUCAGAAGCUCCACCCCAUGCAGUUCAUCAGCAACAGUUUACAGUACCUCCCCCAGAAACUGUUGGUCCACCUCAGGUUAUAGCCACACCCCCACAGGUGCUUGAUGUAUCUGUUCCUCCUCCUGCACAGAAUCAACCAAUGAUGCCCCCUGUUAAUCAUAGUCAGCCUCCCACUUUUCUGCAUCAGCCCCCUCCUUUGCUCAGUCAGGCUCCACCUAUAGGCAGCCAAGCACCUCCUUUUGUCAGCCAAACUCCUCUUCCUUUUGCCAGUCAGUCAACAGUGGUUUAUAGUCAAGCUCCUCCUGUUGUUAAUCAAGCGCCACCCUUAAUUCCAAACCCUCAUCCGCCAGGACCGCCAAAUAUGCAGUUUGCUGCUCCCCCUCCAGGAAUGAUAAAACCUGAACCAGUUGAUAACCAGUCAGAAUUUACAACAGUGAUGGGAGAUUAUGGACCUGUUUUGGUGAAGAAAUUAGAAAUUAAACAAGAAACAGUUGGUGAAUAUGGCCCAGGGCCAUCAAGCAAUAGUCAGUCAAUAAAUAAUUAUGGAAGUGGGACUGAAAGGGGGAAACAGGGGGAGGAGUAUGAUCCGUUCAGCAAAACUGACAGCAGCUUUUCUGAAGGGGAUUAUGACCCAGCAAUACCAACAGAAGGUGACUCACCAGCCAAAGAUGUUAAAGACAGCAAGGGGAUCUCAUUGGCGAUGAAGAAAAUAGAAUUCAAGAAAGAGUCCAUGACGACCAGCAAUGUGUUUGAAGAUGAACAAGUUUCUCCCCCAGAAAACGAGACACGAGAACUGAUUGAUAACCUGGCAAUGUAUGUGGGGCAGAAUGGAGACCAUGCAUUGAAUCAGUUGAGAGAAGACCACAAGAAUGAUCCAGUUUUCAAAUUUUUGUUUGAUGAGGAAAGUUCCGAGUACAAGUAUUUUAUGUUCAAGAUUGAUGUUGCAAGAGGGGUAAAAACAGAGGAUGUACCAAAAGGGCAGAAAAGGAAACGUAGAAGUCGCUGGGGACCAGAAGAAGAAAAAGCUCAGCCAGUACAUGUUCAUACAGUAACCCUGCAAGAAUUUUCUCGACGCAUGGUUGGGUCAGACACAAUGAAUGCCGAACAGAUUGAGCAAAUUCGAGAGCAACGUGAGAUAAACAUGAUGUACGAGCUGAUACUUGCACAGAAGAAAGCCCAGGAAGCUGCACUCAUGGCAGAACUACCAGGGGUCAAGGUCAAGCCAAAAUAUGAAUAUGAUUCUGAUGAAGAAACGGACGAAAUUGGAACCUGGGAACAUAAAAACAGAACUGCAGAAAUGGAUGCUACUAAAGAAUGGGCCGAGGCUCUGACGGAGGCAGGUAAAGGAAAGCAUCAUAUUGGAGAUUUUCUUCCUCCUGAUGAGCUGGAGCGGUUUAUGGAAACAUUUAAGGCAUUAAAAGAAGGCCGGACACCAGACUUUAGUGAUUAUAAAGAUUUUAAAAUAACCUGUGAGAAUAUCGGGUACCAGAUGUUGCAGAAACUUGGUUGGCAGGAAGGUGAAGGUCUUGGUCCGGAAAGUCAAGGAAUUUUAAACCCGGUCAAUAAGGGCAAUGUGUCAGUAGAUGGUAGAGGUAUUGGUAUUGAGAGACCAGAUGGCCUUUCAAAGGAAGAUGAUGAAUUUGAUGCUUAUAGAAAGCGGAUGAUGUUGGCCUACAGAUUUAGACCAAACCCCUUGAAUAAUCCAAGAAGACCUUACUACUAGUGUUUUCCAGUGAUGUACUAGUUUUUUUUAUUUAUUCAUAAUUUUAAAUCUGGUAGACAUUGUACAAGACAUGAUUGACCUCUUCCCAUAACAGCAAAAAUUUUGUAACAAUUGUUAUCGUUAGGCUUAUUGAGAACUUUCUGUUCUCAACAUAAAUUUGUACAUGAUUUCAAGAUUUAACAUUGUUCUAAUAAAUGAUUCACAUAUAA